AUGAACAACGAACAGUUUCGCAAGCUAAUGCUUGCCAACUCGAAAUCCUCACCCUCCGAGUCCCAGAAUGGUCCGUCACCGUCACCAUCUAGUUCAAGACCAGUCAUCGGUGGCUCGCUCGGGCCCCGUCAACGAGCAAGCAUACCUAUGACACCGCGUUCUGUUGCAGGCACACAAGCCGGUUUUGCCCGCCAACUUGCCCAGCGCGAGCAAUCCGAGCAUCCUUCCAAAAAAUUCAGAACCUCGGCGCCGAGAGGGAUCAAACUGGGGCAAGGAUACGUUGACAGAGCGCAAACCCGUCAGGGAACCUUGGGGGACGAUAGAGAAGAUAGACUCCGAGCUCUGGAAGCAUCCUACAAGAAUGAAGAGAUAGACACUGACGCAUACGAGACUCUACGGUUCCAGAUUGCUGGCGGGGAUUUGGAGAGCACACAUUUGGUCAAAGGCCUCGAUUUCAAGCUUCUCGAAAGAGUACGAAAAGGGGAAGAUGUUUACAGCAAGGCAUCGCCCAAACCGACGUGCGAGUCAGAGACGAGGAGAGAUGAUGAGGAUGACGAUGAGGAUGAUUAUGAAGCCAACGUAGACCAUGCUUUUGAGCAGCUCGAAACGCAAGAGGUCCAUGCGGUUGAAAAGGCAAAGGCGGAAAAAAAGAAGGGCCAGCUGUCUACUGUCGCGACAGGCAGGAAGAGAACCAGGGAUCAAAUCUUGGCAGAGCUCAAGGCAGCAAGGGCAGCGGCAGCUCAAGCUGAGCCCAGCCUGGGAAACCGCUUCCGCAAGAUAGGCACCACGCAGAAGCUUGGUACACGAAUCGAACGGGACAGAAAAGGCCGCGAGGUGCUCAUCAUUGUGGAUGCAGACGGGCAUGAGAAGCGCAAAGUCAGAAAGCUUCUGCCGGGAGAGGAAGAGCAGGCCAAGAAUGAUCUUCCCAUGCCGGACAAGAAUGCGAAGCCACUGGGAAUGGAGGUGCCCGAGCAAUACAGAAAAAAGCAGGAACCCGUUGCCGAAGAGGACGAGGGUGACGUAAACAUAUUCGGCGAUGUUGGGGACGACUACGAUCCUCUGGCGGGGAUGCAAGACGCGGACUCGGAUUCAGGCGACGAGCCGCGAAGCGAGGCGGGCGAAACCGGCGAGGCAGCAAGCGCGGACGGACAAGAGGCAUGCUCGCAACCUCGACGGCCUCCAGAACCUCUAGACGGGCCGAGAAAUUAUUUCAAGGAUUCCAAAACGGGACUCAUCUCGGAGGAAGCUUCCCGCGGUCCGGCCAUGUCAGACCCCGCCAUCAUGGCCGCCAUAAAGAAAGCAGCAACCUUGCGGCGCAUCGAGACGGAGGACGAAGAGGAAGACGAAGACGACGACUCGCGUCGGGGCUCGAGGGACGCCCCGGACGCCCAAGAGCGGAGAAGGAAGCUCCUGCAAAUGGCAGCACGCGACGACGACGACCUAGACCUGGGCUUCGGGACCAGCAGGUUCGAGGACGAAGAAGAUUGGGAGGACCGCAAGCUCUCGUCAUGGGGCGGCAAGGAGGACGGGGUGGGUGGACACGGCAAGCAACCCCGGAAGAGGGGACCCAAGAAACGAAAGGGCGACGCGAACAAGGCGGCCGAUGUGCUGCGAGUCAUGGAGCAGCGAAAGAAGGCGUGA